UCGGUGGGCCGGGUGAAGGUAGGGCGGUUGGAAUUGAAGAUGGCGGCGCGGAGUCAGGGCGCAGUCGGCAGUGGUGGUGGGCACUGCCACUCCCGCCUCCUUCUGGCCGUCUUCCUCAGCGCUCUGAGGAGUUCGCUGGGCACGACGCACUGGAUUGUGACCGAGGACGGAAAGAUUCAGCAGCAGGUUGAUUCCCCUCUUAAUCUGAAACAUCCCCAUGAUUUGGUAGUAUUUAUGAGACAGGAAGCUACAGUCAACUACCUCAAAGAACUGGAAAAACACUUAGUUGCUCAGAAAAUUCAUAUAGAAGAAAAUGAAGAUCGAGACACAGGUUUGGAACAGAGACAUUACAAAGAGGAUUCUGACUGCAUUAAAGCCAAAGUGCCUCUUGGAGACCUCGAUCUUUAUGAUGGAACAUUCAUUCCUCUGGAAAACAAGGAUAUCAGCCCUGAAGAAUACAUUGAUACAAAGGCCCCAUUACCUCAAGACCUAGACACACCAGAUUGCACAAAAAUGAUGGAUCUUCCAUUUAGUAUUCAUGCUUUUCAGCAUUUGAGGGGUAUCCAAGAACGGAUUAAUCUUACAGCACCAGUGUUAUCAAAAGAAGACCCCAUCUUUAUCAGCUUAUCAAGAAGAUUAGGUAGAAGUAUUGAAGAAAUAGGCCAUAGAAUUAAUGCGGCCUUGUUGAAGAAUACAUCAUCAUGGGUAUUGUAUAACAUGGCUUCAUUUUAUUGGAGGAUGAAGAAUGAGCCAUAUCAGGUGGUCGAAUGUGUCAUUCGGGCAUUACAUUUUUCUCCACGGCAACAUAAAGAUGUAGCAUUGAUGAAUUUGGCCAAUGUCUUGCACCGAGCCCAUUUCUCAGCAGAUGCAGCCAUACUGGUUCAUGCAGCAUUGGAUGUAUCCACGGACUUUCUCACAAGUCAUUACACUCUUGGAAACAUAUAUGCUAUGUUAGGAGAAUAUAACCAUUCAGUGCUAUGCUAUGAUCAGGCAUUGCUUAUAAGGCCAGGUUUUGAACAUGCUCUGAGAAGGAAACAUGCUGUCCUGUGCCAGCAGAAAUUGGAACAAAAAUUGGAGGCACAGCACAGAUCUUUGCAGCGAACGUUAAAUGAACUAAAGGAAUACCAGAAGCAGCAUGAUAAUUACCUGAGGCAGCAAGAAUUGCUGGAGAAGCACAAAGUUAUGCAAGAUGAGCAACUGCUGAGAAAUAUAAUCCAUGAAACACAAAUGGCUAAAGAAACUCAGCUAGGAAACCACCAGCUUUGUCGUUGGGUUAACAAACAGCAAAUUUUACACUGCCAGUGGGAUCGUCCUGUGCGCUAUACCAGAGGAGAUCUUUUUGAUACAGUAGAACAUGUACAGUUUGGAGAGGAUAGUUCCACCUCAAGUAUGAUGCCCGUUGAGAUGAAGUUAACGAUGAAUAUGACAUGGGACAGCAUACAGCAGCAAUUUCCAUCAUCACCAACAGGUCGAUCAGUGUUGAAUAUAUGGGGAAAAGAUUUCUCAAGCUACAAUGAUAUACUAUGGCCAAAAAGAUUGGACUGUAUACACACUUAUCCCACUCUUCCCAAGGCAGCUGAUCUUCCAACAUAUUUUCUACCUCCAGAAUACAAAGGAUUUGGUGUCCGAUCAUUUCUGAUGCCUUCAGGAAACCAAGAUAGAGACAUGGCUGGCAGACCUCCUGACUGCUCUUCCAUGUUAGAUUUCCACAGUAAUGAACAGCUUUAUCAACUAGUGAAAGAACUGGAAAAUACACCAGACUUGAAAUCAGGAAUACCAGACUACUAUGCCAAACAGGCUCUGUUUUCUCACUUGAGUAUUAUAGAGGAACAAGUUGGAGAAGUUAUCUCUCAAGCUAUUGAAAAGCAAACUGCUCCAAUGUGGUUACUAUUGAAUGAAGCUGGUUUGUACUGGCGAGCUAUUGGGAAUACAACUUCUGCUCUUGACUGUUUAAGACAAGCAUUGAAUCUGGUUCCAGAAGAUUACAUGGAUAUUCCACUUGUCAACCUGGCUAAUCUUCUAAUUCACAUUGAGCUACAUCAGGAUGCUGCUGCUCUUUUGCAAAAAGCACUGGCUAUUAACGGCACAGAGCCACUAACACUUCUAAGCUUAGGGAAUGCCUAUCUGGCUCUCAGGAACAUUAGUGCUGCUCUUCAAGCCUUCAGAACAGCGCUGGACAGAACAACUAGAUGCCCUGAAUGUGACAGCAACCUGAAGUUAAUCCGCUGCCUACAGUUCUAUCCUUUUUUGUAUAACCUUACAUCAUCUAAGUGUACAGAAGACCAUUGUUACAACAUAGAACAUGACUUAUCAGCUCAUGAACAUCAAAAAUAUUUUACCAAUCCAGAAAAGAUGAUAGAGUCCUCAGAGGAAGCCGUCCUUGAAGAAGCUUCCCAGCUGUCUGGAGACUUAACAGGGGAUUCAUCAUCAUCGGAGCUUAAAUCUGUAAUUAUAGCAGAAAACAACAGCACUAAUGAAAGAGAAAUUCCCAAAACCUUGAAGACUGAUGAAAAUCCAUCUGCCACAUCAGAAGUUUUUGAAAAUACUUGGCCCUCAGAAAAAGACCUUUUGGGAGCAUUUGAAGGAGCAUUUGAGGUUAAAGGUCACCGAGUGGACCUACAGGGGAUUCGGGUUUUAAAGAAAGGUGUCCAGGAUGGAGUACCAGGAUCCUGUUUUGGAGAUUGUGAAGAUGAUGAUGAUGACGAAGCUGAAUGGAUAACUGUCCAAGUUAAACGUAUUAAGAAGUCAAAAAUAGACAGUGUAGAUAAUCCAGACUACAGUAUUCGAAGCAGUGAGAAAAGUGACAGUUAUCUCGUAACUGAGGAAGAUGAUCGUUAUCGUUCUGCAUUUGAAAUAAGUGGGCCUAAAAUACCAUCACCAGGACCACAAGGAAAGAAGCGAGAUUAUAUCAGCCUUGGAUGGCCUAGCCCUGAUGAAUGCAUGAAAAUCCGUAGAGUGGAACUCACAAUGGUUGCAAGCACGUGGCUAGCAGUUUCUGCCAAAAAUAUAGAUAUUACAGAACAUAUUGACUUUGCCACGUGCCUGCAAGAGCCAGCAGUAGAACCUGUUUGUAAUGCCAAUCUUCCUGCCAGUAUGCACACUUUAGACCAUUUACAUGGUGUAGCGAGUCGACUCAGUAUUCAUUAUACUGGAGAAAGCCAAUUGAAGGAGGUUUUACAAAAUCUAGGCAAAGACAAUUAUCCAUCCCAGUCAUUUGAGCAGGUUGGAACACGAAUAGCCAAAGUGUUAGAAAAAAAUCAAACUUCCUGGGUGCUUUCAAGUAUGGCUGCACUUUAUUGGAGAGUUAGAGGUCAAGGAAAGAAGGCUAUUGACUGCUUACGUCAAGCAUUACACUAUGCACCUCAUCACAUGAAACUUUUCAGAUGCAGCUUGCUUAGGAAAAAUUACCUUAAGAUGCUUCUUCAAACACCCUUUCAAACGAACAAAGAUGUUUACCCUGAAUUCAACAGAACAGUUUCAUUAUCAGCAAUGGAAAAUCAGCUAAACAGCUUGUUCUGAGUAAGCUUUCCUCCUGCUCUGUUUUUAGAAGGCUUCCUUGCAGCUGAACUAGAUUUUAGAAAAAACAAAAACUCUCCACCACUCACUGAUCAAAACUGGACUCUAAUGGUCUACAACAAUGGAAGCAGUUAUCACCAGUCAUCUGAUUUCUAAAAAGCCUUGUUUGAGAAAAAUCACCAGAGUCCACAGUGGACUUGCAGUUACUACUUUUAAAUGAUUCCAGGUAUUUCCACAAAACAUGAAAUCAAUCAAUUUUAUGCGAUCCUUUAAAACUUAACUUAUCCAAGCAAUCUUCAUAAUAUAUUUUAGUGUACCUCCUUCUCCUUUUACCUCCUUUUAAUUCCAAAAUUCAGUGAAUGUUCAUUUGCUUAAAGCAUUUUCUGAAGAUUAGCAUGGGGGGAGUCCAAUGAGUUCACAAUCUCCUUUGUUUCUGUUCCCAAUGAAGAAUCUAUGAUUUCAAAAGUUUGGAGAUUACGUAUAAUGCAGAAAUAUCAUGGACAUUGGGGAUUUAACAAACCUAAGGAGGACAUAUGAUUGGUCCCUGUUUUAAUCUGUUUCAUUUUGAUGUCUUCUAAUGAGGCAUGUGUUCUUGGUUAGUAUCAUGAGUUUUGUUUUCAAAAUUGGUUUCAUCCCAAUCUAGUGUAGGACUGUAACACUGGAUCGGCGUCAUUUUGCAGUGGCAUUUGUCACUUCCUGACCUUUCUCUGGAUGCUGACCUACCAGCUCUCAGCCUUUCCUACUCCCUAAUCCACACUUUCAUUGCUGACUCCUGAAGCUGUCCUCACGUAAAGCCCUUGGUCACAGUAAGAUUCAAGAUUAAGUGGUGGUGGAGAGAGGUUUCAGGAAGCAAGAUCAUCUGCAAGUGGAACCUAAUAAGAAAGUUAGCAUAUUAAUUUUGUAUUUUAUGUUGAAUGUUUUUAAAUUUAGAAUCAUGGACCAGCAUCCCCACAGUGCAACUAGUGGCCAUUUGGCCAUUGAGUCUGUACUGACCGUCCGAAGAGCAUCCCACCCAGACCCCCCCCCUCUCCUCUUCCCGUACACUGCACUUACCUUGGCUAAUCCACCUAGCCUACAUGUCCCAGGACAUUAUGGGACAAUUUAGCACGGCUAAUUCACCUAAACUGCCCAUCUUUGGCCUGUAGGAGGAAAGCUGAGCACCUGGUGGAAACCCACGCAGACAUCCAGUGAAUAAGGAGGUCUUCCAGGAACAGUGGGUGGUGGUAGGUUGGGGCUAGAACUGGGCAAGAGCUGUGCCACAAAAGCAGGGUACGUAUUAAUGAAAUAGGUUUGGUGAGAUCACUGAGAGAUUCUGGGCAACUUCACAAGAGAGAAGCCCUCUGUGAAACUUGAUAAAACCGGAACUAAGCCAAAAAAAAGUAUUCAGCCAAGUGUCUUUUAUCAGCAAUAUUCAAGUUCAGUACCACUAAGUAAAUGUACAUUCGUUUGUGAUUUUGACUAGAUUUUGACUAAAGUUUGCCAUUCCUAGCUUCAAAAGAUUGAAUAUUCUUGAUUUAGGACUUAAACCUAUUUAAUUAAUCAUCUAGACAUAAAAAUUGCAGCUGUAGCCACCAUGCCUACCUUAACUGCUUUUGCAGACCUUGCUAAUGCUACUGUUAAACUGAGGAAAACUGUUUUGCCUUACUGUUAUCCACCAAACCUUGUACAGGAUUCACAAGGUAUUGAGCCUUUGGAAUUGUGAUAAUCCAAAUUAAGGUAAUAAACGUUUGGAAAUACGUGAUAUGAAAUUAUACCAAAUCCAUCGUUACACAAAAGAUGAGAAGUUAUUUUAAUAUUCAUGGAAUUUUUUGACUAAAGGUGUUCAAUCUAAAAUAAUUUCUCUCUGCGCAUGCUGUUAGAUUUGCUGCAUAUUUUCAGAAUUCCCUUUUAAUUCUAAAUUUCCAAUAUCUGAAAAAUGUUACUUUUGUGUUAUUGAUUAACUUAGUUUUGGAGACAGUCCUUGAUAUUCAAGUUUGCAGGUUGUUUAAUGAUCAUCUCCUGUAGAUGAUCUAACAUUGAGAUGCAGUAAACUGGAUUGAAAAGUCUUAUUGAUUCC